GGGAGCCCUGAAGAGAACUCAUCUAAGUGGGCUAAGAACACGCUGUGGCAGCUGCUUCAGAAAUGCACAAGACCUCAAUCCAUAGAGCCUAGAUACCGGGAAGGAUAAUGACACAAGAAGAUGCUAUACUGAUACUGUAUACUCACUCUCACUCUGGACAAAACAGUGAGAGAGGCUCUCUCCACCUACAUUAGUGCAGCCCAGGAAGCAUCCUGCCAGGUACACAUUCCCUCUCUCUCUCUCUCUCUCUCUCUCAUCCUCCCUGGAUAGACGUGUCCGCCUCGGCUGCUGUAUUCCUAUAUGAGCCAAUUGUCGGUGGGACAGAAGAUCAUGACCGAGACCCUCCGGCUCCCCUCCUUCCAGGUGCAGGCCCCGGGGGACUGGCAGACCCCAGAUGGCGACCCAGGAUCAGAAGCCUCCGUCGGGGGAAAGGUGCCCAUUGCGGAUGGUGACUCUUCCGCCCUCUCCAGUUCUGCCACUCCGUCCCUCCGCCGCAAGCGCUUCAAGAUGCGGCGCAUGAAGAACGUGCAGAGCGAGAGCAGCGUGACCCCGGCUGUGUCUGCAGCGGCUGCCACUAUGAGGUCAGAGGUCAUGAGUAAGGGCCAGGGGUCGCACUCCUUCUCAGGGGGCAUGGAGUACUUACAGCUGCCGUCCAUCGAGAUUACACCAUCCAGCGACGAGGACGCGGCAACCACCUGGUCCAACUGCUCCACACCCAGCGCUUCGCCGCGACGCAAGCGCUUCCUGCUGCACCGCUGGCUGAACGUGCGCGAGAAGAAGGAUCACUACAGUGAGAGCAGCAGGGAGAGCAGCCUACACAGCAGCCACGAAGAGGACUCCGCUCGCUUCUUGACCCCUCACAGUCGGGAGGAAAGCACUGCUAGCAAUUCGAACCGGAGCACGCCCACUUGCUCGCCCGUCCUGCGCCAUCGCUCUCGCUCACCCACGCCCCAGCAGAGCCUGGAACCCAGUGGUGAGAACAUGGUGGAGAAGGGCCACUCGGACCCCUCCUCUGACAAGGACAAGUCACCCUCCACCAUAGAGCAGGUGGUGCAGCGCACCUACAGUCAGUCGGUACACUCCACCACACGCAGCCACGGGGGCAAGAACUCCAAGAAAAGCCAGAGCUGGUACAACGUAUUGAGUCCCACGUAUAAGCAACGCAAUGAGGACUUCAGAAAACUCUUCAAGCAGCUACCCGACUCAGAACGCCUCAUUGUGGACUACUCCUGUGCCCUGCAAAGAGAUAUCCUGCUGCAGGGGCGCCUCUACGUGUCGGAAAAUUGGAUCUGUUUCUAUAGCAACAUCUUCCGCUGGGAAACGCUGCUGACGGUGCGGCUGAAGGAUAUCUGCAGCAUGACCAAGGAGAAGACGGCCCGCCUCAUUCCCAACGCUAUCCAGCUGUGCACUGACAAUGACAAGCACUUUUUCACCUCGUUCGGAGCGAGGGACCGGACAUACAUGAUGAUGUUCAGACUAUGGCAGAAUGCUCUGCUAGAAAAGCCCUUGUGUCCCAAAGAAUUGUGGCAUUUUGUCCAUCAGUGUUAUGGCAACGAGCUGGGUCUGACCAGUGACGACGAGGACUACGUGCCGCCGGACGAUGACUUCAAUACCAUGGGGUACUGCGAGGAGCUGCCCGUGGAGGAUAAUGACACCAACUUCGCCAAGAUGCCUGACGCCAAGGGAGACACCAGCCCCCUGUUGUCCCACAGAGCCUUUCCAAACAACGCCCUACCCUGUCCGAGCACGAUCGAAUCACUCCUCCCCUUUAACUUGGCUGUCGUGGACGAGUUCCCCCUGUGUCUCCCCGAUGGUGAACUCCUGACCCUCCAGUUGCCGGGGUUGGACAACCGGAGCAGUGGUCCCAGUAGCCCCGCCCCCUCGCCCUCGCUGGACUUCAACGACAACGAGGACCUCCCUACCGAGCUCAGCGACUCCUCCGAGACGCACGACGAAGCAGGGGAGGUGCAGGCCUUCCAUGAGGACCUGAAUGGGAAGCAGUACAUAAACGAGGUGUACGAGUUCAGCGUUGACAAGAUGUACGACAUCCUCUUCACCGAGUCCACCUUCAUGAGGGACUUCCUGGAGGAGAGACGCUUUUCAGACAUAGUCUAUCACCCCUGGAAGAAAGAGAAAGAGGAGACGGGCAACCAGACCAGAGAGAUCAUGUACACCAUCUCCCUCACCAACCCCCUGGCCCCCAAGACAGCCACCGUGACUGAGACGCAGACGCUGUACAAGGCCAGCCAGGAAAGCGAGUGCUACAUCAUAGAUGCUGAGGUGAUAGCACACGAUGUCCCCUACCAUGACUACUUCUACACCCUAAACCGCUAUGUGCUCACCAGGGUGGCCAAGAAGAAGUGUCGGCUCAGGGUAUCCACAGAGCUGCGCUACAGGAAACAGCCGUGGGGGCUGGUUAAGGGCUUCAUCGAGAGGAACUUCUGGAGUGGCUUGGAUGAGUACUUCAGACACUUAGAGCUGGAGCUGAGUAAGGUGGAGGUGGUCCUGGCCGAGCCCCACAGACAGUCCCCCAAGGCCAGGGCUCUACGGGCAGGGGCAUUGAGGCGACGGAAACGGCCCCUGGUCCACCUGCGGCCCCCACACAUGGACGAAGCCCUCAGCUCCGUCACCACGCCCGAGGACGAGGAGGUCACCCACCGCCACCGGAUCAAACACGUGGCAGCAGGUUCCACUCAAACCAGGUACAUCCCGGACAAUGUCCCAGGAGGCCUAGCGCUCUACAGUGUCUCCAAGCUACUCCUCAUCAUCAGCUUUGUCCUAGUAUUGUUGGUAUUUCUGAACAUGAUGCUUUUCUAUAAGCUGUGGAUGCUGGAGUACACCACACAGAGCCUGACCUCGUGGCAUGGCCUACGACCACAAGAAAGUAAACUUCCACAGUCGCAGCUGGAGUGGGCCCAGCUUCUGGAGUCGCAGCAGCGGUACCAUGACGAUGAGCUGCAGAAGUGGAAGGAGAUCAUCAAGUCGUCGGUGACGUUGCUGGACGAGAUGAAGGACUCACUACUAAACCUGCAGAAGGGCAUGGGUUUAAGAGACUAUAACUCUGAAUCGGAGGAGAAGAGGAGUCGAUAUCACUGACAAACAGACAAUCCUAAACCACCAGCCAGGACAUUAUGUGCAAUAUCUAAGGAACCAUUUAUGGGAAAGUCUUGGGAAAAGUCUUAGGAAAACAAGAGAAAUAUGUUUUCUUGCACGGGGGAAUGACGACAGGUCUCCCAGAACGACCGACUCCACUCCCACCGCCCAACGUCUGGCAGAAAGUUACCUCAUCACCACCAGGACAGGAUUGGGGCGGACGCCGUCUGCACCGUUGCAACAUGGGAAAAGACAGUGGUGCCAUGACCUACAUUGGCCUAAACUCUGACUUUUUUAUCACCUCGUUCUCGGAGAAUGUUGUAUUGUAAAGUGUUUUGUUUUGUUUGUUUUUUGGGGCCACGUACGGACAAAGCACAGAUAGAAGGGAUGGGUCAGUGAAGCUUGCAUUUCUUUUCUCCGUCGGUGAAAAAAAUAAAGUUUUCGGUGGAGAUUUGUA